AGCGCUUGCCGGGUGUAGGGAUCCCGGCUAGAGGGCCCAGGUUAGUACGGUCCUGGGACCGACUAUGGCAGCACCGUUACCCCUGCCUUCCCAGAGACCCGGAUUCCGUGUCUGCGGGAGAGGGAGCGGGAGAAGCUCCACUUCCCGACACCAGGCGGGCCUCUCUCCCGGUUAGAUCGAGCUGCCGCCCCUCCUACGACGAGAACCGGGGCCGAGGAUCCCGCCCCCGCCGCCCCCGGUCCCUCCCCGACGCGGGGCAACCUCGAGCCCCGCCGUGUGCCCACCUCGGGGCCUCAGGCUCCCAAAGAGGGCGGCGUUCAGCCCCGCCCCGUGGUCCAUGGGGUGGGGGGUGGGGCCUGAGGGAACCGUGAUAAAAAGAAAAAAACCCACGCCGGCCAGGCCAGAGCGGGCAGAAGGGCUCAGCCUCGUUUUUGCGGACGGGGCGCGGGAUUAGACCCCUCCGGCCGCCUGCACUGCCCAAGGGCCUGAAAAUCCGGGAGCCAGCGCAGGUGGAGAAGCCGGGCACGAGGAUUCCGGAACAGAUCCCGUUGUUUUACCUGACCCUCUGAGCAGGAGACAGCGCUGCGCUGGCCAACCCCAGGGUUAACAUGCCACGAGAAGCCGCGGGGCCGGAGGCCCCUGGCAGGGACGGGUGGACCUGUGUCGUAACCGGCGCCGGGGGCUUCCUGGGGCAGAGAAUCGCCCAGUUGCUGCUGGAGGAGGAAGAGGAGCUGCUGGAGCUCCGGGUGCUGGACAAAGUCUUCAGGCCCGAGAUCCUGCAGAACUUUGCCAGAGCCCGGCCCCGCACCAAGAUCACCGUGCUCCUGGGCGACAUCCUGGAUCAGCAAUUCCUGCUACGUGCCUGCCAGGCAGUGACCCUGGUCAUCCAUACAGCCUGCAUCGUGGACCCGUACGGACACACUCCGACCGCGGUCAUCAUGGACGUCAAUGUGAAAGGAACUCAGCUCCUGCUGGAAGCCUGCGCCCAGGCCGGUGUGCCGUUCUUCAUCUACACGAGCAGCCUGGAGGUGUCGGGCCCCAACUCGUACCGGCAGCCCGUCCACGACGCCCAGGAGGACCAGGCCCCCGAGUCCACGUGGCGCACGCCCUACCCGCUGAGCAAGCGGCUGGCGGAGAAGGCGGUGCUGGCGGCGGACGGCUGGGACCUGGCCGGCGGCGGCGUCCUGCGCACCUGCUCCCUGCGGCCCACCUUCAUCUUCGGCGAGGACAGCGUGUUCCUGCAAAGGUGCUUCCAGCGGGCCCUGCGCCGCGGCCUGCGGCUGGACCGCAUGAACUGGGCAGAGGCGCACGUCAACCCCGUCUACGUGGGCAACGCCGCCUGGGCGCACGUGUUGGCGGCGCGGGCCCUGCGCGACCCGGGCCGGGGGCCGCGUCUAGGCGGCCAGUUCUACUUUGUGGCGGACGACACGCCGCACAUGACCUACGACGACCUGUACCUGGAGCUCGGCCAGGCCCUGGGUUUCUGGAACUCGCCGCGAAGGUUCGUCCCGCUGCCCAUCCUCUACGGCCUGGCGCUCCUGCUCGAGCUGGCCAGCUUCCUGCUCCGGCCGCUGGUCCGCCUCGUGCCCACCUUCAACCGCCACCUGCUCACCUUGGCCAACACCACCUUCACCUUCACCUACAAGAAGGCGCAGAGGGAUUUCGGCUACCGGCCGCGGUUCAGCUGGGAGGAGGCCAGAAGCAGGACCACGCAGUGGAUCCGCUCCCUGGUCGAACAGCACCGGGAGUCCGAGAGAUCGGGGCCCCAGUGAGCUGAGCUUUCGGCCAAGAGCCCCCGCACUCCAAGGGCCCAGAGGGACAAGAAAGACCCUGACGUCUCCUGCCGGGCAACAUGCGAGAAGCGAAGCCCCUAACUCCCCGCACGUCUCCGCCGCACAACCCCCAGCCUCAGCCGGUAGGGGUCUCGAAGAAACUUCCCCGCUCCGCCUCCACCUCUGGGGUGACCGGACCCCUGUUCUCUCCUCGGCCAACUGCAGAAGCGAAGCUCCUCUGCCCGAAGCCCUUCCACAGCCCCUGCCUCAGUGCCUGCGCUUGCACCGUGGGCUUUGUUCCACUCCCCGCCUCGAUAGUUUAAUAAAUGCUCCCUGAGGUCCCACCCCCGC